UCCUUUCACUUGAGUCCAGUCCGGAUGUUGGUGAGUUCCGGAUGCGUCAGAGCGCAGUGUUUCAGCGCGGUGCGCUUUGUCAUGGUGUCAUCCGCCCCUUGGCUCUUUCUGCUCUGUUCUCUCUUGGAGCGGCUUUAUAGGCAGCGGAAUCCACACACACACAGCUACACUAAGGAUACACACUUUUUGCGUAUGAUCACAUUAUCCAGUUUCUUUGCUAUACGGAUUACUGACAUGAAGAGUGCAUGAGAAACGGCGAGGAAGCGCGAGCGAGUGUGCGGAUUUACGCCUGGACUGUUUCUCAUUCAGAGGGUUUGUCAAGAUCAUUGCUUGGUGUGGGCUCAAUCAUUCACUGCCUCGCAUUAUGAGAACAAGACUGGAGUAUUGGGAGAGGGUUGUUUGGAUAAGUCAAAGUUCUGACAUCAAUUCGCAGGCACUCGGAUGAAGUCGCCAAGUUUCUAAAUGCGUCUCCCCGAGCAGCCGAGAACAAUGAGCACCGGUUCUGGCAACUUUCUGCUAGUCCCAAUACCGGAGUACCCAGGCCUGGACUGUGUGCCUAAUAAAAAUGUGAAAAUAGUCGUUCUUGGAGCUAGCAACGUCGGGAAAACAGCCUUAAUAGUACGAUUUCUGACCAAGAGGUUUAUCGGUGAUUAUGAAGCCAACACAGGGGCCUUGUAUUCAAGAAAAAUCAAUCUUGAAGGAGAGCAGGUUUCACUACAAGUGCAGGACACUCCUUGUGUCUCGCUGCAGGACGAUGCAGAGGGUCUGUACUGCCAGGAACAGAUUAACCGCUCCAUCUACUGGGCAGACGGCUAUGUGCUGGUCUUUUCCAUCACGGACAUGCAUAGCUACCGGACCAUUCAGCCGCUCUAUGAGCAUGUGCGCCGCAUCCACCCGAGUGGCAACAUCCCCAUAAUCCUCGUGGGCAACAAGAGUGACCUUCUGAGGGCUCGCCAGGUACCUACAGAUGAGGGCCAGGCACUGGCAGCUGAGCUUGGAGGACAUUAUUUUGAGGCUUCAGCCAGGGAGAAUCAUGAGGGUGUGCAGGCAGCAUUCCUGCACUUGUGUCAGGAGGUGAGCCGGGCACUAGGAGGGGUGAACGGAGAGAAGAGGAGGGGAGGAUUGCACCUUGUCCGGCCAAAGAGUCCCAACAUGCAGGAGCUGAAAAGAAGAUUCCGGCAAGUGCUCUCUUCUAGAGGAAAAUCAACAACUGCAGUGUGAUGAUAACGUAAUGCCAGUGAUUGAUUUACAGUCUGAGGAGACAAACAACAUAAUAUGUACUCUAACUAGAUUUUUCACUGCAGUAUCCUUGUACCUCUAGUAAAUACUGAGGGGGGGAUAAACUUUUAUCUGAUUUUAAACAAAGACAAUCUUUGCCUGGAAGAACACUAAUAUGUAGAAUGAUAUAAUGAUUUAUCAUUACUGAUGUACCAUUUAUAAUAUAUUAAUGAUAAAUAAAGAUACGUUAUGUUAAA